AGAUUGAUUACAGAUUCACCAUAAGAAGAUCGGGCGAACAAGCAAUGAAGAGAAGAGUAAUUGUAAAAAAGUGUUUAUUUGUGUCACUGCAGCUGCCCUUGCUCCAAACUCCUUGAACUUUAACCCUUGUACAUUGUCACUGUCUUUUGUUUUUGUCUACUCUCCUCGCCACCACUCCCGCCAAAGCACUGUUUUGUGUUGUUGUAGAAACAUGAGCGAUAAUGAUAAUAACAAUAUUGCGAAAAAGGUGGCCGGCAAACGGUCAUCUAUCACAGCUAUUGGCAAUCAUGAUCCCAACGAACCGGCUUACACUUAUUCUGGACGGAUUCAAGAACUAGUCGAAGGAUAUAAUGUGCUCAUACAGUUGAUGAGACCCAAAUGGCCGUGGUAUUUCUUUCCAGGCUAUUUACAAUACUCAUUGUAUUGGCGUUAUCAGAAAUAUUACAAAGGCAAAUUUCUAUUAUCCCCACUGCCCAAUCGUCUGUACGAUCUCUUGAUCAAGGAUGAGCUUAUCAAAUCGGAACAUGUGAUAUUUGCCAGCCAGGAAGUGUAUGACACCUUUGCAGAAUCCCCGGAUGUUAAUUUUGUAAAUGUAAUUUUACGCGGACGAAGCAACAAAGAGGACAAAUCAUCUGGGAGUUCUUCACCUUCCUCGCUGAUUAAGCAAAUGCUUCAAGAGGCACCCCACACCAUCGUGGCUCAAAUAUUGCCAAUGAAGCAAUGUCAAGGAAAUUGCCUCUUUGUACAGGAGAAUUUCUAUGGCAACAUUUUGGAUCGUUUUCGCAUCCCCCCGAAUCGUAACUGUUGGGUUGAAUUGGAUAAUUUUAACGAUGAUCAGGCUAUACCAGGCAUAGCUACCAAGGCACAUGUCUAUCUUAUGACUAAUCCCCAUGAAAUGCCAGCGGAGAUUAGUGAAUUGAUAUUGGGCAACUAUUUCAAUACACCAAGACUUUUGCAUCGUGGUCACACCUAUCGCAUUGAGGUCAAUGCCCAACUGGUGGGCACUGCUGCCUAUGCUCAUUAUUAUCUAAUCUUUGCAUACUUGCCUCAAGUCCAUUUCCGUUGUGUUCAUCUGGAGACAAAGUCAAAUGAUUUUGAACUGCAGGCCAUAGUAGCCAAAAACUUUAGCAACUUGAUUCAAGUGCCAGCAACGCAUAAUUUCCUGCCGCGACAAGUUCUGGAUCCAUGUGCCAUUGUGGAGAGUUAUCCUUGUGGUCUGAGGAAGUCAUAUCAAUUGCUACGCUCCUCUAUAGAUGCUUUUUUACCAAAGAAAUCGGCUUGUCUGUCCUCGAAGCACAUCUUUCCCGUCUUCCUGCUGCAAGGUGAACGAGGCGCCGGCAAAACCAAGCUUAUCAAUGCCGCUGCCCAUGAGCUGGGCAUGCAUUUGUAUGGAGCGGAUUGUGCUGAAAUUGUUUCCCAAGUGCCGUCCCACACGGAGAUGAAACUAAAGGCAGUUUUUGCCAAAAGUCAAGUCAGUGAGCCGCUAAUCAUUUGUUUCCACAACUUUGAAAUAUUCGGCAUAGACAACGAGGGCAAUGAGGAUCUUCGCCUGCUGUCGGCCUUUCAUGUUCAAGUGCAAGAGCUAUUCAAUCGCGAUCGCAAACAUCCCGUUGUUGUCGUAGCUUUAACCAGUGACAAGCAUCUGAAGCCCAUGAUUCAAAGUCUUUUCCUGGAAAUAAUCAGCAUAGAGAUGCCCGGUCAGGAGGAACGUUACGAAAUGCUUCGCUGGAUGCAUAUAAGGGAAACUUUCAAUGAUGUUAUAUACAAUCAAAAGGCCAUCAGUCAAUUGCCCCUUUUCCGACUGGACAGACAACGCCAAUUUAUGACUAGAUUAUGUUCGAAUUGGGGCAAAACCUUGGAAGUUCUGCAAGAAGUGGCAAACAAAUCACAGGGCUUCCUCUUGGGGGAUCUUCAACUGCUCUACGACAAGGCUGUUCGCCUAAAGUCUAGUCAGAGUUUGGAUUGGCAGCAUUUUGCCAAGAAUCUAACCGAUAUGCAGAGUUCCUUUGCCGACAGUUUGGGAGCUCCAAAGGUGCCCCGAGUGUAUUGGUCAGAUAUUGGUGGUCUGGCCAAAUUGAAGGACGAAAUUCAGAGUAGCAUUGGAUUGCCUCUCAAACAUGUUCAUUUGAUGGGCAAAAAUCUACGCCGUUCGGGCAUCCUACUUUACGGUCCUCCAGGCACAGGCAAGACUCUGGUUGCCAAGGCAGUGGCCACCGAAUGCAACUUAAGUUUCCUUUCCGUGCAGGGACCCGAAUUGCUCAAUAUGUAUGUGGGUCAGAGUGAACAAAAUGUGCGAGAAGUUUUCUCUCGCGCCCGCUCGGCAGCUCCUUGUGUGCUCUUCCUCGAUGAACUGGACUCGUUGGCUCCCAAUCGAGGAGUUGCCGGUGAUUCAGGCGGGGUUAUGGAUCGUGUGGUUUCCCAAUUGUUGGCCGAAAUGGACGGGAUGGUUGGUUCGGAUGCCACGAAACCAAUUUUCAUAUUGGCUGCCACCAAUCGUCCGGACUUAAUUGAUCCCGCUCUCUUACGCCCCGGACGUUUCGACAAACUCUUCUAUGUUGGGCCCUGCACUACGUCCGAUGAUAAGGCGGCCGUUUUACGUGCUCAGACGCAACGUUUCGCCAUGGCCCCGAAUGUAGAUAUUGCAGAAAUUGCCCAGAACCUUAAGAGUGAGAUGUCUGGUGCGGAUUUGUAUUCAAUUUGCUCAAAUGCUUGGCUAUCGGCUGUCAGACGAACCAUAGACAAACAUUUAUCGGGAGAACUAAGCGAUAAGGAUCUAAGACCAGAUAAUGUUAUAGUGGAAUCACAGGACUUUUCCAAAUCUUUUCAGAAAUUUGUCCCAUCCAUAAGUAACAAGGAUUUAGAGUAUUUUAAUAAUCUAAAAGCCACCUACAGUGUGUAGAAGGCCAAGAGGAGAGCGAGUGAAAAUACAGGUACAUUAUUAUUAUUAUUUUUUGUUAUUUAUUUUGUAGACUUUUGCAGAUUGUUAAUAAUAAAAAAGCGUUAAAAGUUCUUUGAAAAA